AUGGAAGCUCACAAGACGGCCGUAGACGCGCUAGCCGCUCAAGUCAAGCAAUUCCACGCCCGUCAGCAGCCCUUCCGCAUCUAUCAUGGCUCGACCAACUCCACGCGCCAAUCGCAGCACCACGCACACAACACCAUCAGCACCGCCGACCUCAACCAUGUGCUGCACGUCAACGAGGUCACCAAGACCGUGACCGUCGAGCCCAACGUGCCCAUGGACGCCCUGGUGGCCGCGACCCUCGAGCACGGCCUCGUCCCGCUGGUGGUGAUGGAGUUCCCCGGCAUCACGGCGGGCGGCGGCUUCUCCGGCACAUCCGGCGAGAGCAGCUCCUUCCGCCACGGCUUCUUCGACGCCACCGUCCUGCAGAUCGAGAUCGUGAUCCCGAACGGGGAGAUCCGGUCGGCGUCACCCACCGGCCCGUCCGCCGAUCUCUUCUGGGGCGCCGCCUCCGCCUUCGGCACGCUGGGCGUCGUCACGAUGCUGGAGAUCCAAUGCCGGCCGGCGCUGCCCUUCGUCGAGCUCACCUACCUCUCCACCACCAGCAUGUCCGAGGCCAUGGACACCAUCCGCGCCGCCACCGCUGACCCCACGGUCGAGUACCUGGACGGGAUCGUCUAUGCCAAAGACCACAUCGUCAUCUGCGCCGGCAAGCUCACCGACACCUUACCCACGGCCACAUCACCAGCUACAUCCCCAGCUACAGCUCCCAUCCAGCAAUUCACCCGUCCCCACGACCCAUGGUUCUACCUCCACGCGCAAGCUCGCGCCCCUCGUCGCUCCUCCCCCUCAGCAUUACCCAAAGUCCCGCCUCCAAAAGACCACAUCCCCCUCCAAGACUACCUCUUCCGCUACGACCGCGGCGCCUUCUGGACGGGCCGCUACGCCUACUCCUACUUCCUGACCCCCUUCACCCACCUGACCCGCUACCUCCUCGACAACUUCAUGCACACCCGCGUCAUGUACCACGCCCUGCACCAGAGCGGCCUCGCCGCCCAGUACCUGAUCCAGGACGUCGCCGUCCCGUACGCCGCCACCACCACCUUCCUGGACUGGUUAGAUGCACCCGAGAACUUCGGCCACUACCCCAUCUGGCUGUGUCCGUUGCUCACCCAAGCUACCACGCAAACUCCCCAGGACCAAGACAAGGACAAGGCAACCGACGAAGACGCCAAAUACCUCCUCAACUUCGGCCUGUGGGCCCCCUCGCCGCACCGCGGGGACGCCUUCAUCGACCACAACCGCCGGCUCGAGCGGAAGGUCCACGCCCUCGGGGGUAAGAAGUGGCUGUAUGCGCAUGCGUACUACACCGAGGAGGAGUUCUGGGAGAUCUAUGAUUGGGAAAGGUACCGCAGGUUGAGGGAGAGGUAUCAGGCGGCGUAUUUGCCGGAUUUGUGGGAGAAGGUGAGGGUGCGGUUGGGGCAGACGCAGGAUGGGGAGGGGGCUGGGUGGGUUAAGUGGGGGAGGGGGUUGUUGGGGAGGGUUUGGCCGGUGAGGGGGUUGUAUGGGGUUUGGAGGGCUUGGUGGGGGGGAGAGUAUUACUUGAAGGGGUAG